AUGCUCAUAGUCUUCAGAACGUUUCAACAUGAAGGUGCUUAUUGUAUUUGCUUUGAACUGGCCUACGUCUCGCUGGUUUCAACGGCAUCUGUUCUUCAGGAUCAAGCCGAGAAUGUUGGCAUUAUCAACGGACAUGACGCUUCACCUGGUCAGUUCCCCUAUCAGGUCAAAGUAAUGGCCGAUAAAGGCCAACGGGCUAAUUGUGGUGGCUCCUUGAUUGACCACAAUUGGGUUUUGACUGCCGCCAGCUGCAUAGCAGAAUCAGAUCAUGUUGCCGUUUUUUUGGGCAGUGUUAACAGCUCAUCUGCUCCGGUCUUGCCCAUAGUCAGUAAGAAAGACAUCAUCGAAUUCAAGGACUUUAACGAUUCUAUACCUUCCGCUGAUAUCUCGCUUCUUCGCAUUAAACAUGUUGAAUACAACAAAAAAACAUUCAACCCGUUAAGUUACCGAAGAUCCAAUCACACUAUCAAACCUACGCUGGUUCUGAGGCUAUCAUUACAGGCUGGGGAGACACCUUUAACGCUUCCAACCCAAAGCCCAAAAUACUCCAAUACGGUAAAGUCGAAAUCAUAA